AUGGAUUCAUACGCCGAGGAAGGCAUGUCGAGGUUCUACAUGGAGGACGAAGCCGUACAUGGCUCAGAAAUGGACGACGGGAUGAAAACUUCAGGUCAGAGAAACGACGACUACGAGGGUGCCCAUUAUGACAAUGCAGGUUACGAACAAGGGGAGCAAGAAGGGGCCACCUACCAAGAGGAAUACACAUCACACGUUCAGAACAAUGCAGAGGAAGGAGCAGUGGGUGCAGGUGAUUACUCAUAUGAAGGGAACUACAGCAAUAACCUGAACAAGGACCUCUUGAGCAACGCACCAAGUAAAAAAAAAAAAAGCAAGUACGAAUCAAUAUUUGGUAGGAGCAAGGGGGACAAGGAUAAAAAAAACGCAGGAGAAGAAAACACCCCCUAUUGUUCUUUUAACAAUUUCGAGGAGGGAGUAGGCGGAGGUGUCAGCCAAGAGGAUCCAAGUGGGGAUAUGCGUUUUAACGGGGGUGCAUAUGGCAACCAGGGCCACGAUGAGGAAGGAGGAGACAAUGCAGGAUGGAGCCAUCACCCUGACCAGGGAGAUUACGAGCAGGAGGACGAAGCCCCUUUCAACCAAGAGCAGCUGAAAAAAAUGGACAAGAAAAAAAAAAAAUUAAUGGAAAAGGGGAAGAAGAAAAAGAAAGAAAAUGUCGAUGAUAAGAAAUUCAGUGAAGUGUACAAUUCGAUAUAUGAAAAUUUAAAAAAAAAAAAAGGAUCCAAAAAAGGAGGAGAAGACCAUUAUGGAAGCAAAAAUGAUUUUUAUGAAAUUAAUUAUGCAUCAUCAGAUCAGGUGAACUCCACGUCUAGUGUAGAUGAUGACUCUUUAUUCAGUGACGACGUGUUGAAAAAGUAUAUUAUUGGACAAGUGCUAAAUAUUAUUAGGACCUCUUUCCAUUGGGCCAUCACCUCUUUUAUGCUAUUCACUAUGUUCGAACACUUCUCCGUAUUUUACGUAUACAGAAUGGUAUCCUUUUUAACCCUCUUCCUUUUUACCCCACUAUCGAUUUACCUUGUGAGGUCCAAGAGUGUCAAAUUUUUCCUCAUAGCUACUAACACGGUUAGGCUCAUUGUAUGGGGUUUCUGCGUCCCUUGCCUCUACACCCUCUUCCGUGAUGAAAUUAAAAAGUACUAUGUGAAUCGCUUCUACGAAUUCCUCUUCACUCUCCUCCUUCUGGUUGAUAAUAUACAAGUCAACAUCUCCAAUUUAAUCGACAUCGAUAAUAAUGGAAUUGAUUUUCUUUCGAAGAAAUAUAAUUUGAAGAUUAAUGAAAGAGCUAAAAGAAAAUUCCUCAUCCUUCACCAGUUCUUUUUCGACGCAUCCGUUAUUUUGGUGAACCCCUUAAUUAUAUUUGUUAUGUACUUGUUCAGUAAUUUCUUCAGCGACUCCUACCUGAGGGAUGUCUUCAUUUAUCUCUCUUCAUUAAUCUUCGCUGUCAUCACGAUUAUUUCCUUAGUCGUUUACACCAUGGGCUUGGAAGAAGCUGAAAAUACACUCAAGCGCACGUCCCGCAAGCGACAUUCUUCUUGCUUAGAAUCACAAGCCACAGCGGAUGAAAGUGUACACAAUAUGGUUGAAGCGGGUAACUACGACAGAAAUGGAAUGGAUAAUCAUGAGGAUGAGGAGGAAGAUCAUGAUAUGGGUACCAUGAAGCGACAUGCAAAUCGUUCUACACAUAGAAGAGAAGAAGAAGAAAAUGAUCAACAGCGUGAUAACGAAGAUGAAUUUGAAAAGUACUACGCUAGACAUAGCAACAAGGAAGAAAAAACUUUAACAUACAGCACCUAUCCCAAUAUAUACAAUGACCACACGAAGAAAUACCUGACCGAACGUUCUAACAUUGAAUAUGAUGAGCACACUGGGUUCGAUCAAAUGUCCUUGAAGAGCCACUACAGAAAGCAGUUUAACGAAAUGGUUGAUAAUGUCCUUCGUAUUAAAAAUGACAACACGCUGCGCUUUUACAUAUGCUCUCUCUCUUUCCUCAACAGUGUGGAAGACAUUAUGAUCCUCAUGCUCAUCCCUCUAACGUCCAUCUACGUGUGCGAGUUCUUCUACAUUACUAAUAUUUUCGUGCAGCUGCUCAUCGCCGUCAUCCUGAUUUCCCUGACCAAGUGCUUCGAGAAUAUUUCUUACUACUCCAACAAGAAGAACAUCAUCGCCCUCAAGGACAUUUUCAUCGGAAUCAUCCUGUCCGGAGCAUCCCUCCUGUUCUUCUUCUUCCCUUUCCUGAUGAUCAACCACCUGAACAUUUACAGCUUUUUAAUCUUCUACAUUUUCUGCUGCCUGUUCUACUUUUUCUUUUCGACCAACUUGAAGACAACGAUCUCCCGAAACCUCCAGAAGUACGUGCGGGAGUCCAAGUCGGACAUCUACAACUUCGUGGGGCUGUUCAUGUCCUUCGUGAAUCUCGUGUUUGUGAUUCUCACCAUCUUCUUCCUCGCGGUGAUGGACAACUUUGUCAUUACCUACGUGAUGAUUUGCUUCUUUCUGAUCCUCCUCCUGGGCCUGCUCUACGGCUGGGCCACCACCACGCUCAAGGACUCCAAUUAG